GCUAAUUCAUACUGUAUUUUUUCUCCUCCUCUGUGCUUGGUGUAGUCUGUGCCUGUCGGAUAGAGCAAACCUCAGACAUGGUGUUGGAUAUCAGGAAGGGAACAAGCUACUGAAGUUGAGACGAGGCCUGUGUUAAGGCUGGAGGGGAGUGUGAAGGAUCGACAGUAACCGUGGAUCGGGCACAGGCAGGCGGAGGCCCCCCAUGGAGAAGGAGCAGGGCAGCGUGGCCUCCAGUGCCAGUGUCACCACCCCUAGCACCACCUCAGCCUCCACCGGCAGCAACACUACAACAAACUGCUCCAGCAGACAGCAGGCUGUGCCUCAGAUAUCAGUCUACGGAGGAAUCACAGACAGACAGGCCAUUCAGGUCAUCCAGCAGGCCUUGAACAGGCAGCCCAGCAUAGCGGCAGCUCAGUAUCUACAGCAGAUGUAUGCAGCUCAACAACAACACCUCAUGCUACAGACAGCAGCACUUCAGCAACAGCACCUGAGUCUGGCCACUGUGCAGCAGGCUAGUAUAGUGGCGGGAAGACAAAGCUGUAGUCAGAAUGGCACUACAUCCCAGCAGACCGUGGCCUCCCAAACCACAAUCAACCUUGCCACAUCCCCAACGGCAGCUCAUUUGAUCAGUCGAGCCCAGAGCGGGAGCUCCGUUCCAGUCUGCAUUGCCCAACAGGCCGUGCUGCUGGGAAACUCCUCCACACCCACACUCACCGCCAGCCAAGCACACAUGUAUUUACGAGCUCAGAUGGCACAGCAAACCAAUCUUGUACAAGUAGCAAGGAGUCUAGGCCGAGCUGUUCCUUUGUCCCCCCAGCUUAUUUUCACCCCAACUGCCUCAGUCACUGCAGUUCAGCCGGAGACCUCUGCAUUGUCAAUCAACCCACCACCCACCAAUGGACAGAUGCAAAACUUGGCUCUUCGUGGCCAGCAGGGGGCGCUGACUUCCUCCCACUCUCAGUCUCAGUUACAGAGCCUGAGUGUGAAACAGUCCCCCGGGGUAUCAGCGCAUCUCUCUGUGACUGGCCAACCAUUGGCCCGACUGAAGGGUCCUGGAGUGGAGCUAAACUCUCAGGGAGCUGCUGCAAAUGGUAGUCCCUCAGAUACUGUGGAAAAAAAUGAAAAAACCAGUAACCUCACAACAAGGGAACUUACAGUGUGUCCCAAUCUGACCUCGGUGGCGGGCCAUCCUCUCAACACAGCAUAUACCCAAAUUCAGACCCAUCAGCUGCUCCAGCAGCACAAGCAGCAGUUUGUGAUACAGCAGCAGCAGCCUCAGAUACUGCAGAGAGGUCAAGCGCAGCUCUUAGAGGCCACCACCAUUCAUCCUCACACAGUGCAAGCUGUAGCCAUUCAACCUGCCCUGCCAGUUCAGCCUCAACAGUGCCCUAUCCCUAUGGUACCCAAAGUGCCUGUUACCUGCCAACAAGCUACCAUCUUCCAUUCUGCUACUGUGAGUCAGCAGGCACUUGCCCAGAAUGGACAGCCACCCAUGAGCCAGAGCAAAACAACACCUCUACGGCUUACUGCAGUUAAUGUCCAGAUCCAGCCAGUUCAAACUCAACUGGGAGUAGCCAAACAGGAUGUGUCCGAUAAGGAUACCCCUGUUCCUCUCGAACCACAGGUGCUAUCCAUACAAAUGGAUGUGCCAACCCACGUCAAACAAUCUCAACAAAGUCAAGUAACAGACACAGAAGCAGGCAGAGUGAAUGUGAAGGCAGGUGUGGGCUCACCUCCAGCCAUGACCUCUGGGAGCGGCAACAGUGCGCCCACGGUGACCGGUAGCGCUCCGCAGAAUGGCGAGAGUAAACCGCCGCCACAGGCAGUAGUGAAGCCCCAGAUUCUCACGCAUGUCAUCGAGGGAUUCGUGAUUCAGGAGGGAGCCGAGCCUUUUCCCGUUGAACGUCCAUCCUUGUUGAUCGAGAAUUUAAAGAAGCAGAAGCAGCAUCAGGCCUUUCAGAACGCAGACUCUGAGAUGGAGGAUCUUUCACAGCAAGAGCUGAAUAAUCAGAAUGCAGAGCCAGUGCUGUCUUGUGAAUUCUGUGGGAUUGUAGACUUUGCAUAUAACUUCAAGAGAUCCAAGAGGUUUUGUUCUACGGUGUGUGCAAAGAGGUAUAAUGUUGGAUGCACAAAACGAAUGGGACUUUUCCCAAGAAAAUCCACCACAGAGAACCCAAAGAAACAGAAAGCCUCCAACACCAAUCAUCAUAACAGCAGCAUGGAUGUCAGAAAACGGAAUCCAAGCGCUCAAAGAACCAUGGGAGCAUCUUUGUUAUCCCCACACCCCUCUCAUCCAAGUCACGGUGAGUCCAGCCAGUGUUCAGACAUGUCCAGCUUCGAAGAGCCCAUUUCACCACUGUCCAACUCCAGUUUUGGAGCCCAACGGCUUCAGAACGAGGAAAGAUUCGAUCACAGUAGAGAGCUCCCUCUCCUAACGCAGCACUUCCUGGCCAGUGACCCGACCAAGUGGAAUGUCGAGGAUGUCUAUGAAUUCAUCUGCUCUCUGCCUGACUGCCAGGAGAUUGCUGAAGAGUUUCGCUCUCAGGAAAUCGAUGGCCAGGCCUUGAUGCUCCUCAAAGAGGAUCAUCUCAUGAGCACCAUGAACAUCAAACUGGGCCCAGCACUGAAAAUCUUUGCACGCAUCAGUAUGCUCAAGGACCCAUAGCCUUUCCUACAGCCUUAUAUAGCUUGGAAAGGACACCCUAACGUCUCUGCACUGGUUUCCUCAUUCCAUUGUGGCUUUGGAUCCUGGGGAUGGCUGCUCCUCAAAACCACAAACCUGUGUAUAGUUCUCGUCACAGUCAAAUGGUUUCAUCCCUAAAUCAUGAUGAUGUGACCCGAUUAACAAUUUCUCGUGUAUUCAGCUGUGCCAGGCCUGGGAGGGGGAGACAAUCCAUCAUGUCAGGAAGACAAGCACAAGUACACCAUUUGUGCAAACAGAUGUUCAUCAUAUGGUAGCAUGGAAACAUGUUUACAGUUUCUUUACUGUUUUGAACCAGACUUUGUGAUUUCUCUGUCGUAGUUCCGGUUGUCAUUGUCACAGCAACGUGUAAUGUUUGGUUAGCUAAGGAAAAUUUUGUACCUUUAGCCUUGCAGUGUGCCAUCAUUUGUAAGUAGUGAACUAUUCAGGUUUCUUCAUCUCACAGGAUGCUCCUCAAUUCACAUCAGAUUUUGUAGUCAAAUGUGGCAUUUUUGACACGGGGAUAACGGGAGUUAAAACUUUGACUUUCCAAGAUGUGCCUAAUCUUUUUCUAAAUAGCCCAAAGAUUACACAAUUGUCAUGUUUUUAGUUCAAGUGAAAGCAGCAUUUCCAAAACCCAUUUCCCAGUAUUCAAGUUCAAGGACUGCCAGUAAUAUCACUACAUUUAAGUUCAAAACCCAUCUUGGUAUGAUAUGAUGUACUGGGAUCAUUUUUCAUAAAUCACGGUUAUCCCAACCAUUAAUGUUUGAACUCGUUUUGCAUUCAUCAUUUGAUCAAAUUUCUGUAUUUAUUGAGAGCAAGUCUCUGAUUCUCUUUUAUAUUUGAAAAUAAAACUCAGAAAACA